AUGCCAGAGGACCCAGAUGAGCUAGCAGUGCUGGAAGAGAUUGAACAGGAACUGAUCUUGCAAGGGCAGCUGGCUAUGGAGGAGUACCAGUACAGCCUGCAGUUUGAUGAGGAGUGUCUCAAUGCCAUGCUGGAUGGUCUGGAUGCCAGUGAUAGGAUCAUCUGCCCAGUGUGUAGAAAGAAUAACCUGACUGUGAGGAAUGACUUUGUGUUUUGCCAGUGUGGGUUACACAUCAGCACCCAGGGAAUGACAGAAGAGAAGCUACGGUCGCUUCUGGAAAACGCGGUCACCGAGCACAGUCACCAGUGCUUCCACAGCCCCCAGUUCACAGUGACCAGUGGAAUGGAGGAGGAGCCCAGUCUGCUCAUGAGCUGCUCGGUCUGUGACUCCUGGACAAUUCUCCUGUAA